AUGUCGGCCGCGCGCUGCUGCUGGCUGCUCGCCGUGGCAGGCAGCUCUGCCGUCAUGGACCCAAAGGGGAGGGCGGGCAUCUCCGGAGGCCCAGAGACCAGGCGCCUCAUAGUGGGCGAUGGUUCGAAGGUGCACGUGAGCGUCGAGGUGCUGGAGAGCGGAGGAAUGCUUUUUGGCACCACCGCGAUCGAGGAGCCGGCCUGCAUAGGAACCGCGGAUCUGUGCACGCAGCUCGGGGUGUCUUGGUUGGCGCUGGUGCUCGGCGGCGGCGUCUUCGUCAUUUUGCCCAGAUGCCAGACCCUGGCGCAGCUGCUCCUGUUCGUCGGGGCCCAGAACUUCAUGAACUUGUCGUACAUGAAGGCGAUCCUGUCCAUCCACACGGUCUCCCAGGAUCGGCUCAACAUGCGGAGCUUCCAGGCGCUUCUAGUGCUGACGGCCAUGCAGCAGCUCGUGGGCUUCCUUUUCCUCGCGCUGGCGAUCCUCGUGUCCCAGCUGACGCCGUGGGCCUACAGGCCGCACACCAUCGUCAGCAAGGACCAGGCCUUCGCGGUGAUGGCCCUCGCAGUGUGUUUCACCCUGAACAUAGCCCUCAACAACUUCAGCCUCUCGCUCCUGGACAUGUCUGUUAACGUUCUGGUCCGCUCCACGAGCCCGCUGAUGUCUCUCCUCCUGCAUUCCAAAAGAGCCCCGACCAGCUCGGCAUCGCAUGCGCCGUCGGAUCUGACGAGCUUGCGUCGCAACUCGCUGACGUCUGGAACGCAGCUGCAAGGCUCGCGCCUUGGCAUCGAAGGAGUGCCGUCAGGCGCGCGCGCGCAUGGCGUGCGUCGAGUCAUCUCGCGCCCUGACGGCCGCGGCUAA